AUGGCCACCGCCCAGCCGCCCAGCACGAGCCCACGCCAAGCGCAACCGGCCAGCGAACUCGCCAUCCAAGCCUUGCGGGACAACCCCAUCCAGCCUCGUCCGCCGCCCGUCAUCCGCCAGAACCGCACGGGGCGGGCAGUGGGCUCGCAAGGAUACUCGGCCGCAGACAUGACCGUGCUGGCCGAAUGCGUCUCGGCGGUCCUCCCGCUGGGAACGACCGAGUGGAACGAGGUGCUCGACAAGUACAACAGCUACGCGGGCAAGGCUGGACGCGCGCUCCGACAGUCCCAUUCCCUCAGGACCAAGUUCCGCAACCUCGUCCAUCAGCCUGUCGUCGACGAUUCCCCCGGCUACAUCCGCGUCGCUAAGCAGGCCGCCAAGGCUAUCGACCAACGCUCCAAGUUGCUCGUUUCCCAAGACCCUAACUGGGCGGAGUCCGACGAUGAAAAAGGGACCGGCACGCCCAUGCAAAUCUCCACGGGAUUAACAGGGAUCGAGGACGGCCCGAUUGAAGAGAUUGCCGACGACUCGCGGGAAAGGAGACCAAUCGAUCCAUCGAUACAAGUGGAGCCGAACGGAAACCCGGCCGCCAAUCCAGCGGCGCCGGUGCGCUCCUCGGAGGAGCGGAGCCAAUCAUCAACUUCGCCGGAGAUGCUCUCGGCGGCUUCGUUGCAGUCCGUCCGUCGCUCUGCAACCAGUCCCCUCCGGUCUGCCGCACGCUCUGCACCGGCCAGGUCCCUCCAAAGGCCAGGCCCGACCAACACCCACCCACCCCGCUCCAAUCACUUCUCGCCGAUGGGUUCGAGGGACAGACAAGACUUCUCAUCGACGGGCGUGACCGGCCGACGCGUUAGGGGCUCGACCAGCGGCUGCUCGAACACGAUGCGAGACUGUCUUGAGCCCGAGCCGGGCAGCAGCAACAGCAGCAGCCAGCAGCGGGAUACCGACAGGAGCCUGGUGGACUUCUACUCCCAGAGGCUCCAUGAGGCGAAUGCGACGAUCAUCCGGCUCCAGGACGAGGCUAGACGGGGGAACGAGGUCCAGGCCUCGAGGCUCCAGAGCUUGGAGGACGAGAACCGCAGGCUGCGCGAUAACCUGCUCCAACAGACCGUUAAAGCCGAGUGUCUUCAGGGGCAGCUCGAGAUGAUGGGCCGGCUCUGGGAUCUCUCCAAGGCGUCCUCCUUCGCCCUCUUCCAGCCCAGCGCAAACAAUCAGCAGCCACUCAACAAUGCCCCCCCCUUCCCUAACUUCAACAUCCCCCCCUCCGCCUCCGCUAUCCUCCAAAUGCCUCAUCUCCAUCCCCCAACCCCUUCAGACCAGCAUAACCCAAACCAAAACCUACCACCCCUAGUGUCAAUGUCCAUCGGCUCCUCAAGUGUCCCAGCUCAACCACACCCCCUCUCGUCCGUCCCGACUUCCACUGCACUUGAGGAGCACAGCCAAGUGGGCACUUCGGCCGCGUUCUGA